AUACUGGGGCCAGCCUACCCUGGCCAGCUGAGCAGUCUGGCUUCACAGUCAACAUGAAGGCUCUCCUGACUCUGGGGCUUCUCCUCCUCUCUGUGGCCGUCCAGGCCAAGGUCUAUGAGAGGUGUGAGCUGGCCAGAACCUUGAAAAGACUUGGACUGGAUGGCUACAAAGGAGUGAGCCUGGCAAACUGGAUGUGUUUAGCCAAAUGGGAAAGUGAUUACAACACACGAGCUACAAACUAUAAUCCUGGAAGCAAAAGCACUGAUUAUGGGAUAUUUCAGAUCAAUAGCCGCUACUGGUGUAAUGAUGGCAAAACUCCAAAAUCAGUUAACGCCUGUGGCAUAUCCUGCAGCGUUUUGCUUCAAGAUGACAUCACUCAAGCUGUAACCUGUGCAAAGAGGGUUGUCAGGGAUCCACAAGGCAUCAGAGCAUGGGUGGCCUGGAAAACUCACUGUCAAAACAAAGAUCUCACUAAGUAUGUCCAGGGCUGUGGAGUGUAACUGGACAGCUUUCCUUCUUCAGCUCCUCUUGUCUCCUUUUCAUAUCAAGGGAGUAGUAGUUGAGUAAAAGUUCACACUUCUUUCAAAUAAACAAUGAUUUUACAGAAGCAGGAGCAAAUAUGGUCUUUCUUCUAAGAGGCUAAUGUUGUCUAACGUGUUAAUUAUUGGGUAGUAAGUCUACAACAUGUUUCAGUGUGCUGAUGGAGCUAAGGCUGGUGAAAAUUUACCUAAAAUUUUAUUACCAAAUACAUCUCCAGGACCUUCAGUUCUUAAUCAAUGACUUCAUCUUGAAUGACACCAGUAUUUCUCAAUAUUUGAUAAAUAUGUAACAAUAGACUAUCUUAAAACACAUUAAUAUUGGGCAAAAUCUUAGCUGAGUAGGCAUUUGAUGUGUUCAUUUGUUCAUUCGUCUCCCAAACAGUAAAAGAUAACCAUUCUUUGUUGGGCAAUAUCAAAUUGACA